AUGACCAAGGUAAGUCAACGUCAAAUGGUUCGACUAUUCAACUUCCAUGAACAAAUUUGCUACGCACUAAUCUCCAAAAAGAGUGCGGAAUUCGUAAGAAGCCUGAAUUUGAAAGCCAACGCAUUUGCUAUAAAAUCCUUGACCCCAAAACGAAUAGAAAUUCAAAUUGGAGACUCGGAGGAUUCCAUAAUUCGAACGAAUUUAAUUGACUAUUGGGGGAAGGGAACUUCAAUCAUCCCAUUUUCAAAUAACAGGCCAAAAAGAUGGAUUUAUCUAAAUAUUGGGAUUCUGGAGUUCUUAAAGCUCCUAUCUGAAAUCUAUCACUGCAAGUUUCUCAGAUUCCAUUUCGGCUAUUCGCACCAUUAUCCUCCAAUGGAAAUUAUUGAAAAACUAUCAAAUGGAUUUCAAAUCGAUAGUCUUAUACUCCUAAAUCAAUAUGUCAAUGUUAAAAGAAUUCUGAAGCAUCAUCUGCCAGCUAAAAACCUCACAAUUCAAGGCAACGUUUUUCUAACUAUGCAAGAAUAUGAAGAAAUCGUUUUGAUUUGGGAAUUUUGA